GGCCCCGAGCCCCGGCACGCGGGCUGGACGCAAGCGAGGACCGCCGCCGCGGGCUGCGGGCGAGCCCCGUCCCUCUCAGCAGGGGAUCGGGCUAUGACAGCUGGGCGCCCCAAAGGGUUAACCUGGGUGUCCUCGGCAAAGUUGUCGCCGAGCCGGGAGCCCGCGUAGGGGCCGCGGCGCCGAGGCUCGGGGGGCGGCCGGGCGGCCGGCGGCGGUCGUGGCUCGGCGGGGCCCGCGCGGCCGGGGGGCUGCUGGGGGUGUGCGCCCCCAGCCGGCUGCCCUCGUGGAUGCCUCCCGGCGGCGGCGGGCCCAUGAAAGACUGCGAGUACAGUCAGAUCAGCACCCACAGCUCCUCCCCCAUGGAGUCGCCCCACAAGAAGAAGAAAAUCGCGGCCCGGAGGAAAUGGGAGGUUUUCCCGGGAAGAAACAAGUUCUUCUGCAACGGGAGGAUCAUGAUGGCCCGGCAGACGGGCGUCUUCUACCUGACCCUCGUCCUCAUCCUGGUCACUAGCGGACUCUUCUUCGCCUUCGACUGCCCGUACCUAGCAGUGAAAAUCACCCCCGCCAUCCCGGUGGUCGGUGGCAUUUUGUUCUUCUUUGUGAUGGGGACCCUGCUACGCACCAGCUUCAGUGACCCCGGCGUCCUUCCGCGAGCCACGCCUGAUGAAGCCGCCGACCUGGAAAGGCAAAUAGGUAACCCUGAAGAUAUCGCAAACGGCACCAGUUCAGGGGGGUACCGCCCACCUCCCAGAACCAAAGAAGUCAUCAUCAAUGGCCAGACUGUGAAACUUAAAUAUUGUUUCACCUGCAAGAUUUUCCGGCCCCCUCGUGCCUCUCACUGUAGCCUUUGCGAUAACUGCGUAGAACGAUUUGAUCACCACUGUCCCUGGGUAGGCAACUGUGUGGGGAAAAGAAACUACAGAUUUUUUUAUAUGUUUAUUUUAUCUCUGUCUUUUCUGACAGUCUUUAUAUUUGCAUUCGUUAUCACCCACGUCAUCCUUCGUUCACAGCAGGCGGGAUUCCUCAACGCUCUUAAGGACAGUCCUGCAAGUGUGCUGGAGGCCGUGGUCUGCUUCUUCUCCGUCUGGUCCAUCGUGGGGCUCUCGGGUUUCCACACGUACCUGAUAAGCUCCAACCAGACCACGAAUGAAGACAUUAAAGGAUCUUGGUCAAAUAAAAGAGGUAAAGAAAAUUACAACCCCUACAGCUACGGAAACAUCUUUACAAACUGCUGCGUCGCGCUGUGUGGACCAAUCUCUCCAAGCCUCAUCGACCGAAGAGGGUACAUUCAGCCCGACACCCCGCAGCCAGCCGCGCCCUCCAACGGGAUGGCUGCGUAUGGGGCCACACAGUCCCAGAGCGACAUGGGUUUUCUGAUGGAUGUCCAUGAGCUCUGCUGCGCAGCAUGGCUGGAAAGGCAUGACCAGGGAAGGGAAAAGGCGCCUGACGGGAGAGACAGGAAGGAAGAGGUAAAGAGAUUGGGGAGCCCGCCUCUCCCCUUGUGCCACUUGACCUUGGAUAUUUCCUCCAGCUCAGACCUCUGACAUAUUUUCCUGUGAGUCUGGAAGAGGUAGUCACAAGUACUUGGACUGAUCCCUAAAACAGAAUUUGCCAAUCAGUUUUCAAUGUUUUAAUAAAAGGCUUUCUUCAGGUCCACAGAGACGAGCAAAUCUAGUCGGAAUUUUAUCUUUCUCAAGAUCUGGGGGUGUUGUGGGGACAGAGGUUUUAGGAUUAAUGAGGGCUUUCCAGAAAGAAAAGUUGAGAACCAGAUUCCAUCAUCCAGAAAGUGGCCUGACUCGGGCAGCAUCUCAGCCCCGGGGUCUCAGGCAGGGGGCGGCCAGCUCAGAGGCCGAGUUUGAGCUCUAGGAAACAGAGGCGGCACGGAAGCUGAGCCGUCGCCAUCAGCCAGGACACUAGUGGAAUUUUUCAUAACAUGUUCUUUGCAAAGCAUAAUAUAUCCAGAACCCCAGCAUAGUUUCCAGGAGAUGAAUGUUUCAUCAGGAAGGUUGCCCGUCCCUGCCUCUGCUCUGUCAAGAAUGAGCCGAUGUGCUGAACGGAACUGACAGCGUUGGAGACCGUGAGGGGCCCCGAGCUGUCUGCCUCCCCGACAGCCACACGGCUCAGCACGCCCCAGUGGCCAGGGUCCCUGCCCCAAGCUGCAGCUCCCCUCAGGAGCAGAGAAAGCUGCACCCACUGCGUAAGUGCUGCUUUGGCAAAAGGUUCAGGUGAUGAGUGGGGAUGCAGACGCUAAAGGGCUCAACGCCUGACAGUCAGCCCCUUUCUAGCACUUUUUUGUGGCAUUUCUGUCUCAUCCGAGUAGCCCCUCCACCCCUCUUUUUCAAGUUCCCUUGGCUGGGAUGAAGCCAUGAUAGAAAAGCCAGGCCCUUGCCUGAGAUUUGCUUUCCCUUCUUAAAGCUCCAUCGUGAGCCCUAUUCUUGUCUGGAAGUGAGGUCUUUGAACUUCUGAAACCUGCAAAUUCUGUAGUGACUGUGUCUCUUCUCUCCCCCUCAUGGAGGGUGGGGGACCAGCUCGGGGAUGGCCCACCACUCGUGAUUUUAGAAAGAAUCCCAUUUGGCUAGGAAGGACACACACACACACCGGAGCAAAAGAAUAAAAGAACUGUGACUUCAGGAGAAACUCUUUUUUUCCCCUGAAGCCUGUGUUUUGCCUGAUCUGAGUGGCUUCUGUGAACGGAGGUUGAGUGAGUUAUGGCAGUUCUAGUUGUGUCUCUGGGCAGGAAGAAGGCAAAGCUCCUCCUUCACAAAGCUGCGAGUACGUGAUUCGACGGUAACUCUGGAGUUCAAAUGAAGGGAGUGGGGAUGAUAGACAAGCAAUAUUUAUUAAGCACCUGCUAGCUGUCCAGUGUGCAGUGGUGGAAAGGGGUUUGCAGUCAGACAAUGCUGGUCCCAAAUCCCAACCCAUCGCCUACUUUCAUCCGUAAAGUCUUGAAGAAGGCGCCCACUCACAUGAGAUGCAUAUGUAAAGAGGAGAAAUGUGUUUGUUGCACGAGCUUCCGCAGAGGUAGAGUGGAGUGCCUGGCUUCCUGCUUGAAAUGUUAACAGGAUACACUCCCCUAAUAGCCACACUUGCUCCUGAAACGCACUGAGUCAUCACACAGAUUCAAGUUCAAGAUCUCCAGUCAUGAGAAGUCUCUUCUAGCUACUCUGAAACUUGCCCACAGCUCAAGGGAAGGGUUUCAGAGGUAUCAGAGACCCACAUUCCCCCUGCUAGAAAUGUGUUCCCACGAUUUCCUUUGCUCAACAGGAUUAAGAUUUAAGAACGUUUAAAAGAAAAUGAAAUAUUUUGUAAAAUGCUGGCAUUCUCUUUCACAGAGUUUAAAAAACAAAAACAAAAACCACAGCUCAGUUAAUGGUUCUUGAAGCUGAUGAAAACUUAGCAGUGAGGAAUUUUCAGGCUUUUACAAAUAGUGUGAUCAGGCCCUCAGGGGCUUCUGUUGUCCUUGUAUUUUUCUUUUUGUGUGUGUGGCACAAUAUACAUACAUAAAAUGCUCCAUUUUAACCAUGUUUAAGUGUGUGAUUCAAUGGCAUUAAGCACAUUCACAUUGUUAUCCAACCCUCACUACCAUUCAUCUCCAGAACGCUUUUCUUCUUGCAAAGCAACACUCAAUACAUCAAAGGGAAACUCCCCAACCCUUUCCCUGUAGACCCCAGAAGCCCCCAUCCUACUAGACUCCUCAAGGUGCCUCCUAUAAGUGGAUUCAUACAGUAGUUUUCCUUUGUGUCUGGCUUAUGUCACUGAGGUUGAUGUCUUCAAGGUUCAUCCACGUCACACUAUGUGUCGGAAUGUCCUUCCUUUUUACAGCUGAAGAAUACUCCAUGUCUGCAUCAGUCAGUCAGUCAGUCAGAUCAGUCACUCAGUCAUGUCCAACUCUUUGUGACCCCAUGGACUGAAGCACUC